AUGGCUACCGGCGAAUCAUUUCGGUCAUUGGCAUUUGCGUUUAGGAUAUCUCAAAGUUAUAUCACUCGUAUUAUACUGUUGGUUUUAAAAAGUUUGAGUUCACGACUAACUGGUAAAUUAUUAAAACCACCAUCGCCAGAAGAUUUGAUACGAAUUGCAGGUGAAUAUUGGGAUAGAUGGAACUUUCCAAAUUGUGUUGGUGCAAUCGAUGGAAAGCAUAUUAGAAUAUUUUGUCCGGGAAAGAGUGGUUCUUUGUUUUUUAAUUAUGAAGACUAUUUUUCAAUUGUCUUAUUAGCUAUUGUGGAUGCUAAUUGUAAAUUUAUUUAUGUCGACAUUGGCUCGUACGGAAAAGAAGGUGAUAGUGGCAUAUUUGGAAAAUCAAGUUUGAACCAAUUAAUUAAACAAAAAGAAUACUUUCCGCCAGAAAAAAAACUUCCAAAUUCGGAAAUAAGCUUACCAUUUGUUCAUGUCGGCGAUGAAGCUUUCCGUCUGGAGACACAUAUGAUGAGACCAUACACUCGUGGAGAAGCCCGGAAUGAUAACAAAAAAAUUAUUUUCAACUAUCGUUUGUCAAGAGCUCGGAGAACUACAGAAAAUAGUUUUGGUCUUUUAAGCCAAGUAUUUAGGGUUUUUUAUACUCCCAUUUCUUUGAAAACCGAAACAACUGAUCAACUAGUUUUAUCAGCCUGUUGCCUCCAUAAUCUUCUCCGGGAUAGAUAUUUAGAAAACGUGCCUAAUUAUUAUUAUAAUUAUGAUCCAAACGAACCUCAACCUUUGAAGAACAUGAUGUCUCUUGCUAAAUCUGGAGGUUACGCAAAUUUCGAAGGAUUUUUGGUAAGGGAUGAAUUUACAAAUUUUUUCAAUAGUGAACAAGGAGCUGUUUCAUGGCAAGACAGCCGAACACAGGAAACUGACAUUUAA